AUGCCUCCAUUUCUUCCGCGCAAACGUUUACGUUCUUCGUCCCCAGAGUCGGGCUCUAAGCCAGGUCCGUCAAAGCAACAGAAUAAAGGCCAAAAGAGUAAAUCAUCAAAAGCCACUCCACGAAAAGCUACAUUAUUUGAUGAUCUGGAUGCUGGCGCAAAAAGUCCCGAGGAUACAAAGGCGAUUUUACGCAAAAUCCAAGCUACAGAUGAAGACGAUGAAAGUUCCUUAUCGUCCCUUUCCGAUGACGAAUUCGAGGAUGUUCCAAAUACGAAUAGACAACCCAACGAUGAUGCGACGGAGAAUGAGGAUGAGGAUGAAGACGAAGAUAUUGAGUUCGAAGAUGUCGAUACAAAUACAGCAGAUAAACCAUCUGCGAAUAUACCUACAGGAGAUCUCGAACUUACAUUAACGAAAGAAACGAGGAUAUCACUUACAAAUCCAUUGGGGACGAAGAAAGGACCCAGUAAAAUUGAGAGGGGUAUAAGAAUAGCUACACAUAAAGUUCAUGUUCAAAUGUUAAUGUGGCAUAAUGCGAUCAGGAAUUCUUGGCUUUGUGAUAAAGAAUUACAAGAUAUCCUGGUGGGACAAUUACCGGACACAAUUUUGAGUGAGAUUGAAAAAUGGAGGAAGGAUAGUGGUUUACAAAGGGGAGAUACUCCAAAGUCGAAGGGGAAAGGGAAGGGAAAAGUCACAAAAGGAAAGAAUGACGUUAGAAGUCAACGAGAUUGGGGACAACCUGCCGAAAGACAAGAGGCUGGUGAAAUCAAUAUGAGUCGUGGGGAUCCUAUGUUUCGACUUUUAAAGUUAUUGAUGCAUUAUUGGAAGCAAAGGUUCAGAAUUGUCGCACCUGGUUUACGAAAAAUUGGUUAUAUGUCUCUCGAAAGACUUGAUCAAGAAUCGAAGAGUUUCCAGAAAGAUGAACAUGAUAUUGAACAACAUGGCGAAAGGAUCAUCAAUAUACAUGAAUUCAGAAAAUGCGCUAAAGUUCUGGAAGGGAGUCGGGACGUUGGUGCUCAACUAUUCUCAGCAUUGUUGAGGGGAAUUGGUAUUGAAUCAAGAAUGGUUGCUAGUCUUCAACCGGUAGGAUUCGGUUGGAAUAAGAAUGAGGAUGCUAUAGAGAAGAAGGACAAGAAGAGAAAUGAACCUAUUCCAGAGGAUGAUACAUCGGACACUGAGAGUAGUGAAGAAGAGAAGUAUGUAUCGAAGCCUAUCUCAAAGUCUACCACCAAGCCUACAGCAAAGCCUCCUGCCAAAUCUUCGAAGAAAGUAAACGGAACCGGAAAAUCCACUGUGGCUCCAAAGAAGCCCAUCAACUCUUACAAUAAUUCGACAAGACGUUCAAGUGGAAAUGGACUCAAAGAUGCUCCAAUUGAUUUAUCAGAUUCUGACGGGGUUUCCAUGCUUGAAAAUGAAGAAGACGAUGAUGAGUCUGUGGUUGAUAUUACUCCAGCCAAAACUCGUAUACAAUCUUCAAAGCCUUACGACAAAGAUCUUGUCUUCCCACACUACUGGACAGAAGUGUUGUCUCCAAUCCGAAAAAUAUAUAUACCUGUUGAUCCACUCGUUCUUAAUGUUAUUGCGACUAAUCCUGAACUUCUUCAAAAGUUUGAACCUCGUGGUGCAAAAGCUGAUAAAGCUAAACAGGUUACUGCUUAUAUCGUUGGACAUUCAUCAGAUGGUACAGCUAAAGAUGUUACAAUACGAUAUUUAAAAGGUCAUGUGUUACCUGGUCGAACAAAAGGCAAUCGAAUUCCAAUUGAGAAAAUUCCGGUUUACAAUUCUAAAGGCAAAAUCAAACGUUAUGAUCAAUAUGAUUGGUUUAAAAAUGUCAUGAAUGGGUAUAUCAGAGGGAGUAAUAAAUAUCCAAAAACGGACAUUGAUAAUCAUGAAGAAGCUACUGAUCUGAAAGCUAUUCAGCCCAAGAAAAAAGUAGUAGAAGGAGAAGAAACUCUUCUCUAUUUCAAAACCUCUUCGGAAUUUGUCCUGGAAAGGCAUCUUAGAAGAGAAGAAGCUAUUCUUGAUACAGCAAAGCAUGUAAAAAUGUUUACUGUAAAAGCAAAAGGCGAUAAUCCAACAGAAGAGAAGGUUUUCCUUCGAAAAGACGUCGUCAGUUGUAAAAGCUUGGAGACAUGGCAUAAAGAAGGACGAGCGCCGUUACCUGGUGCAAUACCAAGAAAACGUGUACCAUAUCGAGCAGCGACUACAAAUAGAAAACGUGAACUUGCAGAAGCAGAGUUGGAAAGUGGAGAAAAAAUGUUGCAGGGUCUUUAUAGCCGUGAUCAAACUGAUUGGAUUAUUCCUCCACCAAUUAAGAAUGGUGUGAUACCGAAAAACAACUAUGGAAAUAUGGAUGUUUAUGUUCCAAGCAUGGUACCGGUUGGUGCAGUUCAUAUUCCUAGAAGGGGUACGAAGAGGAUUUGUACACGAUUAGGUAUUGAUUAUGCGGAAGCUGUUACUGGAUUCGAAUUUGGUGCUAGAAUGGCUAUACCAAUUAUUACUGGUGUUGUGGUUGCUGAGGAGAAUUUUGAUCUUGUUAUGGAAGAAUGGGAAAAGGAUGAAGCGGAAAGAGUUAGAAAAGAAGAUGAGAAGAAAACUAAAGCAGCGAUUGGUAUGUGGAGGAAAAUGUUGAUGGGACUUCGAAUUAUUGAAAGAAUGACGGACGAAUAUGGACAUGGUGGAGAAGAAGUUGAUGCUGUUAACCCGUUUAAUAAUAAGAAUAAGAAAGGAAAGGAGGUUGAUGGAGAUCCGGAAUUGGAUGAGAAAGCAUUGGAAAUGCAACAACAAGAUGAAGAAAUGGCAGGUGGUUUUUUCCCUGAAGGUUAUGAUGAGGAAGAACCGGAAGAACAUCAGUCGACUAGUUUUUUUCCAGUUGUUGCUUCACAGGAUAAUGGAGAUGACGGUGGAUUUAUUGUGGAAGAUGAAGGAAAAGAGAUCACUAAUGGUACCAAUGGUACUUCAUCCACCACUUCUCAAACAUUUCAAUUUAUUGGGAAUGAAAACACCGCGACAAAUCCAACUUCAGAAGAUGAAUUAGAGUCAGAGGACGAAAUUCAACACAAAACACCGCAAGUUAGAAUUGCUGCACCAACACCCCGCAGUAGAGGAAGACCUGCAGCAUCGACGAACAAGACUCCCGCAAAAGCAAAACCCACUCCAAUCUCCAAACCUAAACCGAAAACUCCCGCGAAACGAGCAGCUCCGACACCAAAAACUUCUGGUAAACGAAAACGUAUACCAGACUCGGAGGAUGAUGACGAUGUUGAGGAUAAUGAAUCUUCCUCACUAUCCGAUAUCGAAAUGGAUGAUGAUGCGGGAGGAGAGGAAGAAGAAGUGAUCAAACCCUCUCCGAAGAAAACCUCUCCGAAGAAACCCUCUCCGAAGACUUCAGUACCAAGGAAAUCGGCGACGAAAAAAAGAGGAACGAUAUCCGUAACUUCUAGUCCGGCAACGAGAAAAACACCGAGUAGAAAUGCUAAGAGAGUGGGUGAGACGGGGACGAGGUCGAGAUAUUUCGAACAUGAGGAUAGUGGGGAGGAGUGA